GAUAUCAACAGACAAACCAUAAAAUAUAUGAAGAAACAACAGCAUGCAAUUAUAGAUUUCCAGACUUUCAGAACUUCAUUGUAGAUACCGCCAGCCCUACCAAUUAAGACCAUCGUCUCACUUUUUUCAAAAUUGAUCAAUUUUGGAUGUAAGACACAGAAUCCCGUCAACAUCAGAAGUUGAGAAUUUUAAUUUUGCUUUCAAUUUUACGAAUUCGUAUCUUUGAAAUUUUAUUUGAGAAUUUUAAUACUCAGAAGUUGAGAAUACCAUUCAGUUUCCACCUUCGUUUUGAGCAACUUUUCUGCGGAGGCAAGCCCAAGAGAAUCCAAAAGCCCCGUCCUCGGCUUAACACGUGGGUAUCUCUUUCCCUUAGCCCAUGAAUUACAAUUUACAAAGCCUGAAGAUCUUCUAAUCUGAAAGCCCACAUUGUUUCUUCUCUUCUCCGACUGAUCCGACUAAACAAUCAUGUCACGCUUAUCAGCUCUAUCUCCGUUCUCAGAUGCCGAAAGAACCAGGUAAUACCCAAAAGCUAUUCACUUUAUUGGGUCUGUCACAACUCUAGCAAGUGUUUCUUGUUUUGCCAAUAUUCAACCGUCUGUCUGGCCUUUUGGUUUCAAUGGCAAUAGCAUCUCGUAUAAUAAAUUCAGACAGUUAGUUUGCAAUGCUAGUUUGAUUGAUAGCUGUUGCUGUCUAACAGACAUACAUGAUACAUGGCUUGUUUUUCUGUCACUUGCAACAAUGGAUUUCUUAUUUCUCUGGAAAAAUUUGGAGUUCGUCGUGGAAAAACCAAGUGUUUAGCAUUGCGUCUUAGUUGCAAAUAUCAGCAUGGAUUGUCCUGGAACAAUGAACUUAGUUCACCGAUUGAUAAGAAAUGUAGCUUUGGGUUUUAUAGUUGUAAAUAUCAACGUGGGUUUUCUUUUGAGCAUGGAAUUGAGCCACUGAAAAGUGGAAACACUGGAGAUAAGCAGACCCACUUAGGUAAAAGAUUAAGAAAGAGGUUCUCAUUAAGAUUACGCCCGAGGUUAAGGUUAUCAAGCAGAAGACCGAAAAUGGUUUCGAUUAAGUCAAUUUUAAAUGAUAUUGGAACCUUUUUGCGGAAGAAUAUAAGACAAGUGGCGAUUUCAACUUCAAUUUCUAUUGCAUUGGGGGUCUGCUAUUUGUGUUUGAAGUUAUCUGCAUUGCCGGCUCCAAAGGUUGUUCCAUAUUCAGACUUGAUAUUGAGCCUUCAAAAUGGGUCAGUUACGAACGUUUUACUCGAAGAGGGAUCUCGUCAGAUAUUUUACAAUACAAACUUGCAGAGUGUUGUGAAUACUGGAACAUCGCAUGAGGAAUCCCCAUCAGUAAGUGUUGCUACUAUGAAUGGAUCUGCUAAGGUUGCAACAGAUGAUGGUUCAAGCGGUAGACAAGCACGAAAUUUGAGGGUAUUGAAAAGAUUUUUGAGAGCUCGAGCUUCUAACCCGGAGUGGCAGUAUUCCACGAGAAAAAUCGAUCAUGAUGAAAAAUUUCUCCUUAGUUUGAUGAGAGAGAAGGGAAUUACAUAUAGCUCGGCUCCUCAAUCAAUGUUGAUGUCUUUGAGGAGUACAUUGAUAACUGUGAUAUCUCUGUGGAUUCCUCUGAUUCCUUUGAUGUGGCUUCUUUAUCGGCAACUUUCUGCUGCUAAUAGCCCAGCAAGAAAGCGGCAAUCUAAUAAUCAGAUGGUUGGGUUUGAUGAAGUCGAGGGUGUUGAUGCUGCUAAGGUGGAGCUUAUGGAGAUAGUUUCAUGUCUGCAAGGAGAUGUUAUCUAUAACAAGCUAGGAGCAAAGUUACCUAGAGGUGUAUUGCUGGUAGGCCCUCCCGGAACAGGGAAAACGUUACUGGCCCGUGCGGUUGCUGGAGAAGCAGGAGUACCAUUUUUCACUGUUUCUGCUAGUGAAUUUGUGGAGUUGUUUGUUGGAAGAGGAGCAGCCCAUAUUCGAGACCUUUUUAAUGUGGCAAGGAAGUGUGCUCCUUCAAUCAUAUUCAUUGAUGAACUUGAUGCAGUUGGAGGGAAGCGUGGUAGAAGUUUCAAUGAUGAACGUGACCAAACACUAAAUCAGCUGUUGACAGAAAUGGAUGGAUUUGAGUCGGAGAUGAAAGUGAUUGUUAUUGCAGCCACUAAUAGGCCUGAAGCAUUGGAUCCAGCUCUCUGUAGGCCUGGCCGCUUCUCCAGAAAAGUGCUUGUAGGAGAACCAGAUGCUGAAGGAAGGAAAAAGAUCUUGGCUGUGCAUUUGAGAGGAGUUCCGUUAGAAGAAGACACGCAUCUUAUCUGUGAUCUAGUUGCUUCUCAUACUCCAGGUUUUGUAGGUGCAGAUCUUGCUGACAUUGUCAAUGAAGCUGCUUUGCUUGCUGCUCGUAGAGGUGGUGAAAAUGUAUCAAUGGCAGAUAUAAUGGAAGCCAUUGAAAGAGCAAAAUUUGGCAUCAAUGAUAAGCAACUGAGAACGAGUACAUUAAACAAGGAGCUUGGGAAACUGUUCCCGUGGAUUCCCCAUGUCGUGGUUGAAUGCCUAUAACUCUUCUCCUUCGUAGGCUCAGAGUCUCUGCAUGAUUGCAUCAUACUUUUUACAAACGUACACGUCAAAGAAAUGGUAAUCGGAAACGUCCAGACUUGUGCUUUGCUUACUAUUUGUAAACCUUUGCACACAAAGUGGAAUAAGUGUGUUUGCCAAUAAUGGACUCAUGAUGUUAUUAUUGGGAGAGCUUAGCACGACAAGGACCUGCUUUGCCACAAGAAGUUUUGGAUCAAGUUGGUGGACUAUUAUCUAUAAAAUUUGCACAUCGUUGCUUCAUGUUCCUUUAUGUUCUCCGCAUGUUGUUUAAUUUAAUGUUUCUCCUUUAGGGUUUUUAUUUUUUUUUAGAAAAUCACGUGUGCUUGAGUCAGACAUGCAUGAACUGGGGUGGCGGGUGAGACAGACACGUUCCAUCUCUUUAGUCUUGAUAGAGCAAAAUAUCAAAUCCAUGACAUCGUUGUUCUACCAUUAUAAAUUAAUAAAGAUCAUUGCGAAUAAAAUAAGACAAGGAUGAAUGUUUGAACUA